CGAUGAUCUUGCUGAUGAAAUGCCUUGAGCAUUACUUUUCGGCAUGAAAUUUAACUACAAACUGAAACGUCUCUGUGGCGCAUACUACGGCCAUCCUUUGACUAACGAAACUACUGGAGGGACACGAUGGAGUGGAUCCAACGUUGUCUACGAUUCCAGUGGUGACCUCCUUAUAUCCUCUGUUUCCAACCGCAUCCAAGUUUUGGAUUUGAGGACACACACAGUCCGUACAUUGCCUGUCGAAUCCCGAUCGAAUGUUCGCUGUCUCGCCCUUUCACCCGACGAUGCUAUUUUGAUCGUCGUUGAUGUCAAGAACUACGCACUCAUUGUCAACUUUCGAAGAGGGAUUGUUCUCCACCGAUUUCAGUUCAAACGUAAGGUAAGGCAAGUUCUGUUCAGCCCAGAUGGAAACUAUAUCGCAGUUACACACGGCAAACAGAUUCAAGUUUGGUGCGCACCGUCGCAACUUCAAAAAGAGUUUGCCCCCCUUGUACUGCACCGCACAUACACUGGACAGGCCGAUGACGUUAUGUGCCUGAGCUGGUCCUCAGAUUGCUCCGUGAUAGCAGCUGGUAGCAGGGACUGCUCCGUUCGAAUUUGGAGCUUGCACACAACGCGAAAUUUCGAACCCGUGACACUCUCUGGACACAAACGCGCGAUAGUAGGCGUAUACUUGAUAGGGAACCAUAGCGGCCGGGUGGAAACCUGUUACAGUGUGAGCGAAGACGGAACGCUUGUAUCGUGGGAAUGCAAAUUGAAGGAAGGGGAAUGGGAUGUUGAUCACCAGAAUCGAGAAACACCCCCGGAGGAUUCAACGGACGAUGCAUCUUUUUGGUCUGUCAAGUCGAGACAUUAUUUCCACCAAGAUGGUGCAGAUGUUAGCUCUGUCACAUACUGUGAACGUGGUCAGCUACUGGCGGUCGGAUUUUCUUCGGGUCUCUUCGGGCUUUACGAAAUGCCUUCCGUUUCCAAUAUUCAUACCCUUUCUGUUGGAAACAACCAACUAGUAAAAACGUGUGUCCUUAACAAGACCGGCGACUGGCUCGCUUUAGCCUGCCCUCAUUCACAGCAAUUGUUCGUUUGGGAAUGGCGUUCCGAGACAUACGUCUUGAAACAGCGAGGUCAUGCGUACGGCAUGCGAUGCAUGGCCUACUCGCCAGAUGGUGUAAUUGUUUGUACGGGAGGCGACGAUGGCAAGCUUAAGCUAUGGAAUGCUACAUCUGGAUUUUGUUAUGUGACAAUGGAGAAAAGUCAUACAGCCCCGAUAACGGCCGUCGCAUUUGCCAAUGCUAGCGUUGUUCUGUCCUCCAGUUUGGAUGGCACCGUUCGAGCCCAUGAUCUCUAUCGAUACCGCACUUUCAAGACUUUUACCACACCAACUCCCGUACAGUUCUUGAGUCUCGCAGUAGAUCCAAGCGGUGAGAUUGUAACUGCGGGUAGUACAGAUCCUUUUCAUAUUUAUGCUUGGAAUCUCCAAACCGGUAAGCUUCUCGAUAUAUUGACUGGUCAUAGGGGACCGGUCUCGGAUUUGUCUUUUCAAGGGAAUGGCGGUAUUCUAGUUAGCGGUUCUUGGGAUGGUACUGUGAAACUCUGGGAUCUUUACAAGGGGAAUGUUCCAACUGAAAGUUUGCAACACACGGCAGAUGUGGUAUGCGUGACCUUUCGGCCGGACAGUAGAGAAGUGUGCACGGGUACAAUGGGCGGUAUUCUAAGUUUUUGGGAUGUCGACAGUGCCAAGUUAAAAUUUGAAAUCGACGGUCGGAGAGACAUAGCUGGUGGUCGUAAGAUUAAUGACCGAAUGACAGCCGACAACAACGCUUCUUCUCGAUAUUUCACAUCUGUUUGUUACUCAGCAGACGGAUCCUGCAUCCUUGCCGGGGGCAACUCCAAAUAUGUCUGCAUCUACGAGGUCUCGCAGCAAAUGCUAUUGAAAAAAUUUCAAGUCACUUUUAAUCGAAGUUUGGACGGAGUUUUGGACGAGCUCAACUCCAAAAAUCUGGGUCCCGGAGGACCGAUUGAUGAUCACGCCGAUUCGGGGGAUGAUACGAUGUACAAUGCCUUGCAAUUGCCGGGUGCUCGUCGAGGUGACGAUGGCUCGCGUAGUUCUAGGGUAGAAGUACUGACGCUACAAGUCGCGUUUUCAUCUACUGGCCGAGAAUGGGCCACUAUUUCGGGAGAGGGGCUUCAUGUCUACUCGUUGGACGAAGAUAUGAUAUUUGACCCGAUCUCUCUCACCGAAACCAUCACCCCCGCUGCGGUGGAAUCUAAGCUAAGCACGGGAGACUACAUCAUGGCGCUGCGUAUGGCCCUUCAUUUGAAUGAGUUUGCCCUUGUAAAGAACGUGCUAGAGUCGACACCGUUUGACUCGAUUGCUCAUGUUGUUCGAUCCAUCGGUCCUGAACAUUUGGAACGAGUCCUGCAAUAUGUGGCAAAAGUGAUGGCGGACUCUCCGCACAUUGAGUUCUAUCUGCAUUGGUGCCUGGAACUGCUACGUACACACGGGAUUCACAUGGAUAGGAAUCGUGGCAAUUUUAUGCGAGCCUUCCGUGCAACGCACAAGUGUGUUCAAACGAAAUAUGACGAACUCCGGGCCAUAUGCCAAGAAAACAAGUAUAAUCUCGACUUCCUUCAAGAUCACGCUCGUCUACUUCUCACUCAUGAGGAAAGUGAGAAGAUGAAGGUGGAAGACUAUCGGGAGUAACUAGUGCUGUUGCCGAUUGUUUGUUCUGGGCACUCCGUUAAUGUAAAGCAGAUAUAAUACCGAGAAUUUUGUUUACAGUU